UCCGUGGAUCUGUUAGACCGCCAUUCUGAACGCGCUCUCACAGAAGUAAAGCAUCUCAUAUUCACCAUGAGUGAGAGGCAGACAACAGAUGCGUUCCCGGGGGUACAGGAGACGGAGCCAAAACCUGAGAUUUUCACUGUCCCCCCACCUCAGCCCAAGAAAAAGAAACCUGGUCAGCUCACUGCCCAGCAGGUCAAACAAUUCUUUGAAGAGGGCUAUGUCGUUGUAGAAGAUUUCUUUACGCACGAAGAACUUGAUGCAUGUAGAGACGCUGUGGCAGGGUUGGUGGAUGAUCUGGCAAAGAAGUUGUAUGAUGGUGGGAAGAUUAAGAAACUGCACAGAGACCAAGGAUUGUUCACCAGACUGACAGCUAUUGAGAAAGAAUUCCCUGGAGCUAACAUUAUUCUCCAUAAAAGCCAAAACAUGCCAAAG